AGCUAAAACAUGGUCCAGAAACCGCUCAGUCACUGGUUGAAGACACUUCGCUUAUUCUUCAGUCAUCAUGCGUGUCAACUUUGUUUCCUCCAUCAUAUUGGCCCACGCUGUUACAACGACGUUGGGUGCGACGUACCAAAGGACGAGCCAGCUCGCAGGCCAGAGCUUCCUUGAUGCGUUUAGUUUCCAAGCCAUCUCGGACCCCACUAACGGCAGAGUGACCUAUGUCAGCGAGAGUACUGCCGAAGCGGACGGACUCGUUUCAGUGGCUAAUGGCAAACUCACUCUGCGAGCAGACCAUACUACGACAUUGUCUUCUUCCGGCUCGGGAAGGAAAUCCUUUCGCAUUCAGUCAAAUUCCCAGUAUGAAACUCACGUGGCAAUUUUCGACAUUGAACAUAUGCCACAAGGUUGCGGAACAUGGCCAGCUAUUUGUGAAGUGGGGGCAGACUGGCCUAACGAAGGCGAAGUGGAUAUCGUAGAAGGUGUCAAUGAUCAAACCCCAAAUAAAUGCAGUCUACACACGAGCUCUGAUUGCACAAUGCCCUCUUCUGGCUCAAUGACGGGCACCGUCGAUGGUACAGACUGUUACGCAUAUGAUAAUUCCAAUGCAGGAUGCGGGGUCAAGAUGAACGACAACAAGAGCUAUGGCCCGCAAUUCAACAAUAACGGGGGCGGCUGGUAUGCGAUAGAAAGGAGUUCAAGUUACAUCAAGAUUUUCUUUUGGGAGAGGACGAGUGGCUCUGUUCCAAGCGACAUCAAGUCUCCUGGGUCAAGCAUCAAUACAAGCAAUUGGGGGACACCUGCCGCAUAUUUUCCCGAUACUUAUUGCGAUUUCUCCACUCAUUUUGGAGCGCACAACAUCAUCAUCAACCUUACAUUCUGCGGAGACUGGGCAGGCAGCAGUUCAGUUUACGCCGCAUCUGGAUGUCCAUCCACAUGUGUCGACUACGUAAACAACAACCCAUCCGCAUUCAGUAAUGCUUAUUUUGAGUUCAAUUCGUUGAACAUCUACGAGUGAGGCAAGCGUUUUGUAUGGAAUGCCGUGCCAGCAGCUACGAUAUAUUAACUUGUACUAAUAACAUUUAUGUGCCCAGAAACUAGAAUACUGACUAUUUGAUCUCUAA